UUGCCAGUAGAGUGCUGUGGUACAGUACAUUGCCAGUAGAGUGCUGUGGUACAGUACAUUGCCAGUAGAGUGCUGUGGUACAGUAUACUGGAAACACCAGGUUUUAGUGCAGCUGGUGGGACCUUUAUGUUUCUAAUACUGCAGGGAGGGUGAUGCAACAAUGGCCUUGAGAACAGCAGGAAGUGUGUUGGUGGUCCUUCUCUUGUCUGUGGCAGAAACUACGGCAACACAGUGUGGACAGAAAAUCCAAGUGAUGGUGUCUCCCACCAAUGCAGUGUGGGGACAGAAUGUGACAGUAACCUGUAACACCACCUGUACUCUGACUGAUAACCCCACCUACAUCUGGUACAAGAACGGACAACGUCUAUCAUCGUCAUCCAAGUCCACAUUGUCAGCUACCAGUUAUCAUUCAGCCAGCUACUCCUGUGCUGUAAAAGGCUUUGAGGAUCUCCUCUCUCCUGCAGUGUGUGUUUUCGGUCAUUACUGUUUCAACGUGACUUACACCCAUCAGAGUAUCUGUGCUUUGAAGGGCUCAACAGUGGAACUGCCCUGCACAUAUAGACACCCAAAUAUUCACAACGUUUUACAAGCAAACUGGUAUAUCCAAGAGAAACGUGAUGAAGUGCUAAGAGUCCUGAACUUGGAUCGUGCUGAGUACCUUAAGACCCUCCCAAAAUACCUUGCGAUUCAAGAGAAGGACUGCACCCUGAAAAUCACAGACCUGAGAAAGAGAGAUUCAGCUGAGUACAAGUUCAGAUUUAAAACACAGCACACAGAAUGGGGGUACAGCUUCCCUGGAACAACUCUGACUGUCACAGGUCUGCAGGUGAAGGUGACUCCUGCCGCAGAGAAAGGGAAUCUGACACUAACCUGUAGCACCACCUGUACUCUGACUGAGAACCCCAAACCCACCUACAUCUGGUACAAGAACGGACAACAUCUCACCAACUCAAAGAUUCUAGAUAACUCCCUGAUCCUAGACCCAGUCAGCAGUGAAGAUGCAGGCAGAUACUCCUGUGCUGUAAAAGGCCACAAUAAUCUCUACACUCCUGAAGAGACUCUGACUGUCAUUUAUCCUCCAAAGAACCCCUCAGUGUCAGUCAGUCCCUCUGGUGAAAUAGUGGAGGGCAGUUCAGUGACUCUGACCUGCAGCAGUGAUGCCAACCCACCUGUGGACAAAUACACCUGGUACUUUCAAAAUGAGACUUUAAUAAAUGGAUUCGAACAGAUCUACAACAUCACCAACUUCAGGUCUGAAGACAGUGGGCAUUACCACUGUGAGGCCUGGAAUAAAAUGGCAUCUAAGAACUCUACAGAUCUGAUUAUUAUAACAGUGAAACAAACCUCAGUUCUGACUGCAGCUGUAGGAAUCAUAGGUGUUGUUCUGGUUCUCAUCCUCUGUCUCUCUGGCUUCAUGUGGUUCAGGAAGAAUGCCUCCCAGCCCAUCUCUGACACAAGGGACACAGUAGACAAUAGACAGGGAAACUCUAGUCCCAUGAAUGACAACAUAUCGGGCAUGGCCAUGACCCCUACUUCAGUACAGAGAGCAGACACAGACAACCAGGAUGACGUUCACUACACCAGCAUCCACUUCUCUGGCUCCAAUAACGAGGAAGUGCCUCUGUACUCCACUGUCCAACUGCCUCAAACCCAGAAAGAGGAUGAGGAUGUCCAAUACGCUGUUGUAAAAUUCAAACUGCCCCAGUGCUGCCCCCCGACCUCUCUCACAGGAGGACCUCUCUCACAGGAGGACCUCUCUCACAGGAAGCUGAGGAGGACCUCUCUCACAGGAGGACCUCUCUCACAGGAAGCUGAGGAGGACCUCUCUCACAGGAGGACCUCUCUCACAGGAGGACCUCUCUCACAGGAGGACCUCUCUCACAGGAAGCUGAGGAGGACUCCUCUGUGUUCCAUAGAACAGUUAACAAACCAAGAACUAAGAAGACCUGAACACAAGACGAUCUUUGUUGCAUCCCAAAUGGUACUUUGUUCACUCUAGUGCACUAUGUAGGGAAUAGGGUGCCAUUUUGGAUGCACCCUGAACACCAGGCGACCUGAACAUAAGAUGACUCUGCCUGGGAUUCAAUCAAAUUAUGGACAAGCAUACUGCACUUUAAUAUUAAAAUUAAUUUAAACCAACAUCCGCAGCAUUUAGCGCAAGUGUGAUCUCUGCAAACGUCAGGAAAAUUGUCUUUAAAAGACUUAUUGUCGGCAGAAGACUAUCAACAAACAUUUCACUACACCAACACACCCGCAAUAACAAUGCAAAAUAUGUGUGACCAAUAAACUUUGAAUUGGUUUCAUAUUUAA